AGCAAUUUUAAUAUUCCGCUAGAAGACGUAGUAAUAUGCAUUGAACGCUUUUGAUGGUUACAUAUAUUCGAUGAGUUGACCGAGAUUAAUUCGAUGUAGUUUUUGAAACUUGUCUGAUUCAUCCUAGGACAUAGACCCUUGAUAUUCUUCAACAGAUACGUCUCAAUUUCAGUAAAGGCCAAUUCUAUUCAUCCAACACUGAUAACUUAGCGUCAAUCUUUGUCCAACUAUGGCUCGUAGAUUAUUAACGAAAAGUCGCUGUGAAAUCUUCAAAUUGGAUUAUUACUUCAUUACCUAUCGAAGAUAAUCAACAUAAGCACUUAUUUUUCAAUUCAGAUCCCAACUCGAAAAGUGCGGACCAGUUUCGGCAGGAAAAUACCAGAAAUCGCCGGAAAAAAUUCCGAAAAUUCCCGGCCGGAAUACUGCUUCCAGUUCCCGCUAUUUUCCGUGUUUUCCCGCAGGUUACGGUGAUUUUUCCCGCAUUUUUCUGCGGUUUCUGCAGUAUCCGGUGGUCGGAACGAUUGACUUGGGAUUAGGUUGAAUGUUAGUUGCUUUCGUUUACAAGCAGCCCUUUGUAAUUCAUGAAUAACAAAUCUUCUUCGAAGUCAGCGCUAUCUGUUACUUGAACGCUCCUCUCUCACUUCGAACGAUUAAUUAAUCGUUGGAGAGUUUGCGUUUAUCUUGUCGUUACCUGCAACGAUUUGCUUCGUUUUGAGUCAGUCAGAAUAAAUUAUCUCUUUUAACAUCAGAAAGUAUGGCGUAGAUUGCCGUUGAAUUUUUUUAGAAAAAAGUAUUCACCAACUCACGCAUAUAAUGAGUUCAUUAAAAUGUAGAAUUAAAUCAUCGAUGAACGCAUUUGAUUUUCAAAUUCAAGAGUUUUUGAGUAGUAAUAGGAUGCGAGCAAUUCAAAAAUGGAAUAAACUUUUUUCUCUUUGAUAUUUUCAUUGUUGGGUACAGUUGGGCGGGCUAACUGCAGCUGUGUGGCUCACGCUCAUAAGCUCUCAGAUGAGCAUCACCGUAUUUUCUGUCUAAAAUAGCGGAGGAAAGCUACAGUUACUUGUCAAUAACGUUAUCAAGUAAUUAGCAACGGAAGCUUUGCAAGGUUAUCAAACGAAAGACAUUUUUAGAAAAAUAACGGUUUUUUUUAUAAAGUUUGACCAAAAGUGAUCGGGAUCAAGGAAUCAGAAUUUGUCAUCGAUUUCUCAAAAUUUCGAGGUUGAUUCUUUUUUUUUUACUAAAAAGGCAUUUUUAAUAAGAAUUUUUUCUUUACGCAAUAAAUUAUUUUAGAUAAAAUAAAUCGAAAUAAAAAAUUUUGAGAAGCCGAUUACAGAGUUGAAUUUCUUGAUCUCGAUUACCUUUGAUGAUACUUUACAAAAAAAAUGAUGUUAGCGCAAUGCCUGCAAGAUUAAAAUGUGAAACGUGAUGUAGCUGUUGUCAUUAGCCAGCAAACAUUGUUUCCUUCGAUAUACCUUGGAACCCACUUAUUCAUCAUUUUUUACUUAAUUCUCUAGAACUGAAAUAAGGAAGCAGCUGAUAUAUUCUCAUGAGAUUCUAGUGACAUAUAAUUGCCAACCCUGUAGCAAAAGAUCUAUCAAGAUCUGUAGUAGUCUGUGAAGCCCGUCUGUCACGGUUUGUGGUGGGUCAAUAAUGAUUUACUACCGAAUAAUUAAUGACAAACAAGAAUAACUGUUGAAAAUUUUGAUUGUAAAUUGUUACCGUCUCUAGUCACAGUGUGACUCAUGAGAACAGCUUUUUAUUUCGUUCAUUGUGUAAUAAAAUGUUUACAAAGAAUCUUUUUCAGGGUGUCAGUGUAGAUAUGGAUAAAAAGAAGAUUGUCAACUACAUCUCAAAAUAGAAAGGAAAAAAAGAAGUUGGAAAAAAGCAAUUGAUGACUUUUCUCAAUACAUCUUAAUCAUCAAUAAGUAAUUAUAUAUGUUUUUAAAUCUCUUAUAUUCAAUGAAAGUCAAACCAACUUUUCAUAAAGUUUUAACAAUAUAAUUCUUUAAUCUUCAACAGAUAUAUUUAAUUAUUGAGAUUGACGUGGAGAUUUUAAUUCGAACUUCGCUAUAGCUUACUAGAAAAUAGUAAUAAUUGGUUGCUUUUGUUUUUCUUACUUCGCACUAUUCAUGAUUGAUACAAGUAUUUAGAUUAUAACAUCUGAAUAUGAAGCGUUUAAUAACAAAGGAAGAAAUCGAUGAAUCCAACAAUGAAUUUACAUUUAGAUACAUAGAAGAUCUAAUAAUAAUAUGGUUCGAUGAUAAAGUCGCUGAGGAAAUAAAAUGUAUGUUAGAACAAUCACAUGAUCACAUACAAAUUUAUCAUUCAUUUGACGAAAUGACUUACAUUAUAGAGAAUAUUAGAAAUAAACAAAAAAUUAUUUUAAUUAUUGUUGAUUGAUAUUCUCGUGAAAUAUGACGUCGAACCCAUGAUAAUGAGAAGAUUGAAACAGUUUUUAUAUUCUGUUUGAAUAUUUCAUUAUAUAAAGACCUAAUUGGUUAUUGUCGAUCGUUUUAUCGAUUAAAUAAAAAAUAUCUCGAAGACAUUAAUACGUUUGAACAGACAUAUAAAUAAUUUGAAGCUAUACGUUGGUAUGCAAAAGACUUUUUUUUAUAUCAAUUUAUAAUAAAGCUUUAACAACUGAAAAUAUCGAAGCAUUAUUUCGUUUGAGAUAUUUUAUUAAAGGUUUUUGUAAAAAUUUAAAAUUAUUAUUUGAUGAAAAUUUUCAAAUUUAUCAAGACUCAUUUGAAGCAUUAUUAAUUUAUCCUGAUUUAACAUUACCAAUUCGCAUUAUCUGUAAAAGACAUUUGAAAAAAAAACGUUGA